ACCCUCCUUAUUUUCUGUGCUGGAGUGAGAGUGCAGACUGCAGAGCUAGCUAGAGAGCUCCAUUUAUUGGUUUUAACCUAUCACGGUAUCACCUACUGCAUAUAUCUCUCCUCUCUCCAAAUCUUCGUUGAGACGCCAUGGGAACUCAAACGCAGAACGGUGCCGAUAAAAUUUACGACCAGACAGAGAUGGAUGAAAAAUUAGCCAGGGAAAAGGCAAUUAAUGAUUGGCUUCCAAUUACUUCUUCGAGGAAUGCAAAAUGGUGGUAUUCGGCUUUUCACAAUGUCACGGCCAUGGUUGGAGCUGGUGUUCUCGGUCUCCCUUAUGCCAUGGCAGAGCUUGGAUGGGGUCCUGGUAUAGCUAUUUUGGUCCUUUCAUGGGUCAUCACAUUAUACACACUAUGGCAAAUGGUUGAGAUGCAUGAGAUGGUUCCAGGGAAACGUUUUGAUCGUUACCACGAAUUGGGUCAGCAUGCAUUUGGUGAAAAACUUGGUCUUUACAUUGUGGUGCCUCAGCAACUCAUUGUUGAAGUUGGUGUUUGCAUUGUGUACAUGGUCACCGGAGGAAGAUCGCUGCAGAAGGUCCAUGACACUGUGUGCUCAGACUGCAAAAAAAUCAAAUUGACUUACUUCAUCAUGAUCUUUGCCUCUGUUCACUUUGUGCUUUCCCACCUUCCCAACUUCAACUCCAUCUCCGGCGUGUCUUUGGCCGCAGCUGUCAUGUCCUUGAGUUACUCUACCAUAGCAUGGACUGCUGCGGUAGACAAGGGUGUGGUAGAAAAUGUCGAUUAUAGUUACAAAGCCAAGACUACUACGGGAAAAUUUUUCAACUUCUUAGCUGCAUUGGGUGAAGUGGCUUUUGCGUAUGCUGGCCAUAAUGUAGUCCUCGAAAUCCAAGCAACAAUUCCUUCUACACCUGAGAAGCCUUCCAAGGUACCUAUGUGGAAAGGAGUCAUUGUUGCCUACAUAAUUGUGGCUUUGUGCUACUUCCCAGUUGCUCUAGUAGGAUAUUACAUAUAUGGAAAUUCAGUUGAUGACAACAUCCUCGUCUCAUUGGAAAGACCCAAAUGGCUAAUUGCAAUGGCCAACAUGUUUGUUGUCAUCCAUGUUAUUGGAAGCUAUCAGAUUUAUGCAAUGCCAGUGUUUGACAUGAUGGAAACUGUACUGGUAAAGAAGUUGAAUUUCAGGCCAACUUUUAUGCUUCGCUUCAUUACACGAACUUUAUAUGUUGCAAUUACCAUGUUUGUCGGAAUCACAUUCCCUUUCUUCAGUGGUCUCCUUGGAUUUUUUGGAGGAUUUGCUUUUGCCCCAACAACAUAUUUUCUCCCUUGUGUAAUGUGGCUUGCCAUCUACAAACCAAAGAGAUUCGGCUUAUCCUGGUGGUGCAACUAUAUCUGCAUCUUCUUUGGUGUUCUUUUGAUGGUUCUAUCACCAAUUGGAGGGCUGAGAUCAAUCAUCAUUCAAGCCAAGACCUACAAAUUCUACUCAUAGGCCAUUGAUCAUCAUCCUUCCAAGCGACAAGCCUGAAAGGGGUAGUAGUAGUUUUUAAAAGAAAAGAAAAAGCAUUGAGCCGUUUCUGAUGAAGAUGAGGAGGAAAUCAAGGACUAAAUACCUUGAGCAGCAAGUAAGCAGCGGACAAAGAAAUAAAUAAGGUUGUUUAUGGAGUGGAAUACUGGUCGCCAUGUAUUAGGGAAAAGAAUCAGUCACCAUGGUACUAAUUUCCGAAGGGCUCUACUGUCUCCUUUUCUUCAUUAUGUAUUUGUUUGUGCAAGUCAUCAUGUAUAUGAUCUUUCCUUUUUUCUUUUUGUGUUUGUUUCUGCAUUCUGGGGUGGAUAUGUGUGAAAUCUUAAUUCUCCAAUACUGAUUGAUCCUAUAAUACGUCAAAUUUUGAGCAGUUAUAGCUAUUUCCACUUAUGAGUAUUAUUCAUUUAGCUUGGACUCGCCUAGCUAAUGCAAUCCAGCUUGAUCA